GGAUACAACCAUAGAGACAUACAGGUUCAUCUUUCUCUCCCAGUGCCUUGCAGCAUCAGCAGCAGCACUAUAUAACACGAGCAUCCGUCGGCGCAGCCACAUUACAGUCCAUUCACCGGACCGGACCUCACACUUCAGGAGGGGCAUGCCAGAGUUAUAAACAAGAUCAUUCUGCAAAACAUAGAUUUCCAAUAUGACUAAAUCCUACACGGAACAGACCAUGAUGUCAUCAGAACCCCAGGAUUCUGCGACCUGGACUGACGAAUGUCAGCGCUCCCAGGACGAACAGGAUAUGGAGAAGAACAACGGCGCGCUUGAGUCCAUGCACGGGGCCCUCGAGGAUGACGACGAAGAUGGGUUAAACAGACUGGAUGAGGAUGAUGAUGAGGAGGAAGAGGAAGAGGAGGAAGAGGAAGGCGACGAUCAAAAGCCUAAACGUCGUGGACCAAAAAAGAAGAAAAUGACAAAAGCCAGGAUGCAGAGGUUUAAGAUGAGGCGCCACAAGGCAAACGCGCGGGAAAGGAAUCGUAUGCACGGACUCAACGACGCGCUGGAGAGUUUGCGUAAAGUUGUGCCAUGUUACUCCAAAACCCAAAAGCUCUCAAAAAUCGAGACUCUGCGGCUGGCUAAAAACUACAUCUGGGCCCUGUCAGAGAUCCUGCGGUCAGGGAAGAGCCCAGACGUCAUAUCAUUUGUCCAGGCCUUGUGUAGGGGCUUGUCACAGCCCACUACUAACCUAGUGGCAGGCUGUCUCCAGCUCAAUCCCAGAACUUUCCUCCCGGAGCAGACACAGGAGAUACCAUCUCAUAUGCAACCAGCAAGUGCUUCCUUCGCCGCGCAUCCAUACUCCUACCAGACCCCGGGUCUUCCCAGCCCUCCAUAUGGUACAAUGGACAGCUCCCACGUCUUCCACGUCAAGCCCCAUUCAUACGGAAGCGCGCUGGAGCCAUUCUUUGAGACCGCGCUGCCGCUUACAGACUGCACUAGUCCAUCAUUCGACGGACCCUUAAGCCCACCACUGAGUGUCAACGGGAACUUUUCCUUCAAACACGAGCCUUCGUCAGAGUUCGAAAAGAACUACGCCUUUACCAUGCACUACCAGGCUGCUGCGGGACUGGCAGGUCCACAGGGACACGCGUCCCUUUACCCGAGCUCUGCGCCGCGGUGUGAGAUACCGAUGGAAAACAUUAUGCCGUACGAAGGACACACUCAUCACGAGAGAGUCAUGAAUGCUCAGCUUAACGCUAUAUUUCAUGAAUCGUAAAUACAUUGAACGUGCAUCAAAGACUGCUAAGCGCGCGUCAUGAUAUGGUAUCCUCUUGCCACUGAUGCAAAAUAGCAAUUAUAAUCCGCUUGUAUGUAUUUAUUGUUGUUAUUGCCUUUAGAAGUGCGGAUGCAUAUACAUAUUCUUUUUCACCUAAUGUACUGUAUUGUAUUCGCUUCUACAUUAUGGUACAGGUCACGUUGUGGAAAUAGUGGUGACCAUACUGAGAAUGUGUUGAUUAUCCAUGUUACAAAAUCACAAGCAAUAAUUUGGAAAACUAUGCAAUUUAUAAACAAAUACUUGGGACAAUAAAAAAAAUAUAAUAAAUAUUUCUAUAUUUUUCAACCUGCAUUUUACAACUGAUCUAUCCUAUCCUGAAUAAUUUUGUUGUGAUUUUGUACAGCAUUAUUCAUUAUUAGUUCCUAUUUCAUUUCAUGUUACUCCAUGCUAUGUUUUAUAAAAUAGUUAUGUCAUGUUUAUAUGAUGCAACCGUUUUAUGAAAGAUCAUUAUCUAUACAGAGGCAAGCGCUUAUACUCUGUUGCCUUAGCGAUUAUUUACUGCAAUUCGUGCAAAGCUGCACAAUAUUGAACAUUUUAUUUCCCCCCAAAACAUAGCCUAUCUUGGCUACUUAACAAUCAGGAAUGUUAUAUCGCUGAAUAGGUGGUCAAUACAUAGGGGAUACUUACUUGCAAAGUAGCCUAAAUACCUUGAUUGUGUAUAAAAAGCUUAACUAUCACCUGAAAAUACUCAUUGUAUAAAACGAAUGAUUUAUUAUUUCAUAUAAAACAUGUACAUUGACGUGGGCCAUACCCCAUGCGAAAUCAUCUGCAGCACAUUUUGGAACAAACCAGGCACCAUCUCAUUGUGCCAUUGCAUGAAUGUGCAAAUCAGUGAAGAAGAGCCAUUUGCAGCAUCUAAUGCUCAAAUUCAAUGUGUGUUGUAUAUCGUUUGUAAACAUUUUACAAUGUAGGAGGGUGUUAGAGCCCAUUAGAGGACCGCGUGGCAUUACAUUACUCAUAAUAUGUUCGUUACUUAUCCUAUAUUUUAUUUCGAAGGUUUAAACGUUUCAUUCUCUCCCAAUGUGAUUCAAGUGUACAUAAUUGCGUUGAGAUAAAUGUAUAAUGCAUAUCUCAUGAAGAGCACUCAAUUAUUUAUAUAAUAAAGUGAAUGAGUAGCCUACAAUUUCUAUCACUAUUGUCUGUUAACCUACCAACAUCUCUAUUAUAGGUUAAUAAUCAAAUUAUAAGUAAAAAAUAACAUCUAAAGUAAACGUAUAACUUAAACUGUCAAACCACGUGUUUUUAAGGCAAAACUAAGUAAGAUUUCGCAAUGGUUUAAAGUCCCUCAGUCUGCAUGGUUGCAAAAUAACCUUGACUUCUUUUGGGAUAGUCCUUUUGGUCUGGCAAAUCAUCCGAGACAAUCUAGUCCCGAUUAUUAUUUUUCAUGCAUCACUAUUACGCACGAUGGAUAGUGAACAUUUAUUUGCCCAUAUGUAAACUAUAUUGUUCUCUUAAUAAAUUAUUACAAUUACAAAGCAACUUAAUAUGAGUGAAAAUGAGCAAACAUCCCCCCUACUAAAUGUAGGCAGACCUUAAGGCUGAAGGACAAAACAAGCGUUUUUCCUGCCAUGCCACGGGUAGCUGCAGUCAAGGGGCAUUCACAUGCCUCCAUGGCGGAGUCCCAAAUGGCACCCUAAUACUCUGGAGCAGAACACCACGAGUCCUAGUCGAAAGUAGUCCGCGAUAUGUGCCAUUUAGGACUUACACCACAGUGUAUGCAAACCGAGCUAGGCACAUAUGUUACUUCUGUAGGGGAGGUUUUUAAUUUAUGAAAAUGAUAUUGUGUAUGCAUAAACACUCACUGGCUGCAUCUAUAACCCAAAACGUCCAUCAUAAGGGAAAACCCCAGCGAGUGAGCUAGCCAGCCAACAUCAAUAUGGUACUUCUAUUCUGCAUUGUGCUGUAUAUUUCCUGUUAAAGUAGUAUGAAUAACAAUUGGUGGCGUAUUGUAUCCGCCCUUCCUCGAUAAUAUACCAGCACCACCGUUCAAUUGGCAUGGGUAAACCAUUGGAAUAAUUUAAUGACUACAUAUUAGAUGAAAGUAAAACCUCACUGCAUGCCCCCCAAAAUUACAGAAAUAUGCAGUCCUGAAAUCUGUAUCCCAUAGCCUCUGUCAACGGGUCUCCAAAACACUUAUAUAUAAUUUCAAACAUGCACAGUUUUGUUAUUUCAGACCUUUACCCUGGACCAAUCAAAUCACAGGGGACGUGCAUCCCUCCGUGUCAUCCGAAUCUUUAUAAAUGGGCUUGCAGGGUUCCUGUGUUAAAUCAGGAACUGUCCAUGGUGCUGCGAAGGCUAUUGGUGCCUCAGCUGCCCUGUCGAGGUCUAUACCUUUAUUGCUCAGUAUAUAACAGCAUAUUCCAUUGAAUGUCAGAACUAUAUAAAGGCCACUGUUCUAUAUUUAGUUCGAUUGAGUCAUAAACCCUGAUAAUAAAACAGAGUUAAACGCAAUGUCAUAAUAGACAUCAGGAUAGGCAACAACAAAAAAAGAUCAACCAAUACCCUACCUGUUCAUAACUUAAACUUUAUGAAUAUACAAUCUGGAUACGGUUAUAGCCUAUUGAUAGACCAGGUUUAUAAUUACAAUAGCACUUUAACCAUAUAAAAUAGUUGAUAUAUAGUCAGGGUGACUAAUAACUGUAGGUUACACCAUGCAUAAUAAUUAUCCUACACCCUGAAAAAGGCGGCGUUGUUUGGUUGACCCAACUGCUGGGUUGCAGGCCUUGGGUCACUUCGUUGAGUUGUUUUCUUUAAAAAGAGCAAAGGUGGGUUGUUGCUGUGUUACUGAGAUAUGACACCGCUGAUCAGAUCAGAAGACUGGAGGCAUAGUUAAGUAGGGGCAUGGCUUUCAGGUAGUUCAUUUUAGCCAUACAUAUUAAUCUGUUCUGUUGUAUAGUUAUCAAAUGUUAAGGUUGAACAUUCAUAUUUUUGUAGCUUCAAUUAGGCUUACAGAAGUGUACAAGUUCCAAAAAGCCUGAAAUCGCAUUGUUGGGAUAAAUACCACUUUAUUAUAACAUGUAAUACAUCAUCUUAAUAUUCUAGAAGAAUGUGUAAAAUGCAAAAACAAUUAAGGUUAACUUAACACGAUGAACAGGAAUGGCAUUUACUCUUUACCAAUAAAACCUGAUAAUACUAGAGAUCCCGUCAGUCUCCACAUAUUUGGGAAAUCUGCAUUUAGUUUUUUUUGCCCCUAAUUUGUGGAACAAAUGCCGAGUUCACAAUAGUUAGAUGUGCUGGUGCCACUUAGGCAGUUUAAAUGAUUGAUUGAGGACCUCUAUGAAGUUGAAUGUGAUUACAUUUAUUAUAUGUUUAUUUUGGUUAAUUGUGUGCUGAAUUAUAUUGUUACAUACACAUAUACAGUACCAGCCAAAAGUUGACACACCUACUCAUUCAAGGGUUUUUCUUUAUUUUGGACUAUUUUCCACAUUGUAGAAUAAUAGUGAAGACACCGAAACUAUGAAAUAACACAUAUGGAAUCAUGUAGUAACCAAAAAAGUGUUAAACAAAUCAAAAUAUAUUUGAGAUUCUUCCAAGUAGUCACCCUUUGCCUUGAUAACAGCUUGAAACCCGCUUUGCAUUCUCUCAACCAGCUUCAUGAGGUUGUCACCUGGAAUGCUUUUCAAUUAACAGGUGUGCCUUGUUAAUAAAAAUUAAUUUGUGGAA